AUGCAGUUAUGCAAGACGUUAAUAAACGCUAAAUCGUUCAGCAAGCGUUGGAAAUGGGCAACGUGUUUGAUGUUCUCCAUGUUACCUCGCGUUCUGGAUGUCCAUGCCGUUUCGCAAGAUAUUCACGCUUGCCAUGCUUCUAUCUUUUAUUCGUGA